AUGAGCCACCAAUAUUCUACGGCGGCUUCGAAAGUCGACGACGACAACAACGAAGACGACGAGAAAAACGAGAAAUCGUUGAACGAGGGUAAUAAGAAAAAUAACAACGACGGAACGUCCAAGAAAGUCGGGAUGGGGAAGCUUUUCGCCUUCGCCGACGGCUACGACUAUUUCUUGAUGUUCGUCGGGUCGAUCGGCGCGUGUGUUCACGGCGCUUCGGUCCCCGUUUUCUUCAUCUUCUUCGGCAAGCUCAUCAACAUCAUCGGCUUGGCCUAUCUUUUCCCUAAGGAAGCUUCUCAUAAAGUUGCAUUGUAUUCGUUGGAUUUUGUGUAUCUAAGCCUAGUCAUAAUGGUCUCCUCAUGGACAGAGGUGGCUUGUUGGAUGCACUCUGGGGAAAGACAAGCCGCAAAGAUGAGAAUGGCAUAUUUGAGGUCAAUGCUAAAUCAAGAUAUUUGCAUUUUUGACACUGAGGCUUCUACUGGCGAGGUCAUUUCUGCAAUUACUAGUGACAUUAUUGUGGUGCAAGAUGCAAUUUCUGAAAAGGUGGGCAACUUCUUGCAUUACGUAAGCCGCUUCGUAUCAGGUUUCGCCAUAGGGUUCAUCAGAGUUUGGCAAAUCAGCUUGGUCACGCUCUCCAUUGUGCCGUUGAUUGCUCUCGCCGGCGGCAUCUACGCUUAUGUAGCCACAGGCCUUAUCGCCAGGGUCCGAAAAUCAUACGUCAAAGCCGGAGAAAUCGCCGAGGAGGUGAUAGGUAAUGUGAGAACAGUGCAAGCAUUUGCAGGGGAAGAGAAGGCAGUCAAAUUGUACACAACGUCUCUGCUGAACACUUAUAAAUAUGGGAAGAAAGCAGGACUGGCUAAGGGUCUUGGACUCGGAACCUUGCAUUGCGUUCUUUUCCUUUCGUGGUCGUUGCUCGUGUGGUUCACAAGCAUUGUUGUUCAUAAGAAUAUUGCCAAUGGAGGAGAGUCGUUUACCACAAUGCUCAAUGUAGUUAUUGCUGGCUUGUCACUUGGGCAAGCCGCACCGGACAUUACAGCAUUCAUUCGAGCAAAGGCAGCUGCAUACCCAAUUUUCCAGAUGAUCGAAAGGAACACAAUCAGUAAAACCAGUUCGGAGAAGGGCUGGAGGCUGAGUAAAGUAGAUGGUCACAUCCAGUUCGAGAAUGUUACAUUUAGCUACCCAUCCCGACCGGAUGUGCUGAUAUUCAACAAGCUCUGUCUCGAUAUUCCUCCCGGAAAAAUAGUAGCACUUGUUGGAGGAAGUGGUUCAGGCAAGAGCACCGUUAUCUCUCUCAUAGAACGUUUCUAUGAGCCGCUAUCCGGACAUAUUCUUUUAGAUGGAACUGAUAUAAGGGAGCUUGAUCUCAAGUGGUUCAGGCAGCAGAUAGGGUUGGUAAACCAAGAGCCCGCCCUAUUUGCUACCACCAUCAGGGACAAUAUCCUGUACGGGAAAAAUGAUGCCACUACCGAAGAAAUUACGAGGGCAGCAAAACUUUCAGAGGCAAUCAACUUUAUCAGUAACCUUCCUGAUAGAUUUGAAACUCAGGUUGGGGAGAGAGGAAUACAGCUAUCUGGAGGACAGAAACAAAGGAUUGCAAUAUCGCGUGCGAUAGUUAAAAACCCGUCAAUCUUGUUAUUGGAUGAGGCUACAAGUGCACUUGAUGCUGAGUCGGAAAAGAGUGUGCAAGAGGCUCUCGACCGUGUAAUGGUGGGGAGAACAACUGUUAUCGUGGCCCAUCGCCUUUCCACAAUUAGAAAUGCGGACGUGAUAGCUGUUGUGCAAAAUGGGGCCAUAGUAGAAACCGGAAGCCAUGAAGAGCUCAUGUCAAGGCCACACAGUGCAUAUGCUUCACUUGUUCAACUCCAAGAAGCUACUUCUCUACAUCGCCUGCCAUCUCAUGGCCCUGCAAUGGGUCGGCCACUAAGCAUUAAGUACUCUCGUGAAGGUAGCAUUAGGUAUUCACGCGAAUUAUCCCGCACGACAAGAAGUUUCGGUGCAAGUUUUCGUUCUGAGAAGUCUGUAAGUAGAUUCGGUGGUGAUGGACCUGAGAUUAUGAGACCAGUGCACAUCUCCUCAAAAAGACUGUACUCUAUGGUGCGACCUGACUGGUUUUAUGGGUUUUUUGGCACAAUUUGUGCAUUCAUUGCUGGAGCACAAAUGCCACUUUUUGCACUUGGUGUCACUCAAGCUCUUGUAUCUUAUUACAUGGACUGGGACACAACACGUCGGGAAGUUAGGAAAAUUGCAUUCCUCUUCUGUGGUGGCGCUGUUAUUACUGUCAUUGUCCAUGCUAUUACACACACGUGUUUUGGGAUCAUGGGAGAACGGCUUACUCUUCGUGUUCGAGAAAAGAUGUUUACUGCCAUGUUGAGAAACGAGAUAGGAUGGUUUGAUGAUGUCAACAAUACAAGUGCUAUGCUUGCAUCACAACUAGAAAGUGAUGCAACUUUGUUGCGCACGGUGGUUGUUGAUCGAUCGACCAUACUAUUACAAAAUGUGGGUUUAAUUGUGACCUCGUUUAUCAUUGCAUUCGUCUUGAACUGGAGACUCACUCUCGUUGUAAUCGCCACCUAUCCAUUAAUAAUCAGUGGCCAUAUCAGUGAGAAACUUUUCAUGAAAGGUUAUGGCAUUGACUUGAACAAAGCAUAUCUCAAAGCUAACAUGCUUGCUGGUGAGGCUGUGAGUAACAUCCGAACAGUGGCAGCAUUCUGCUCAGAGGAAAAGGUUCUUGAUUUAUAUGCCCGCGAACUCAUUGAACCAUCUAACAGCUCAUUCAGGCGGGGCCAGGCUGCAGGAAUAUUUUAUGGAGUCUCUCAAUUUUUCAUUUUCUCGUCCUACGGUCUCGCCUUAUGGUAUGGUUCUACUCUCAUGGCAAGGGAGCUCGCUGGCUUCAAAUCAGUUAUGAAGUCGUUUAUGGUAUUGAUUGUGACGGCCUUAGCCAUGGGUGAGACGCUAGCCAUGGCACCUGAUCUCCUAAAGGGUAACCAAAUGGUGGCAUCUGUUUUUGAAGUGCUCGAUCGUAAGACUGAGAUUUUGAAUGAUGUUGGCGAAGAAGUUCCAAGGGUAGAAGGGUCUAUUGAACUCAAGGAUGUUGAGUUUAGCUAUCCCUCGAGACCCAAUGUGCUGAUUUUCAAGGACUUUAAUCUAAAAGUGCAUGCAGGAAGGAGUAUGGCAUUAGUAGGGCAAAGUGGUUCUGGAAAAAGCUCUAUAAUUUCCUUAAUACUCAGAUUCUACGAUCCUACUUCAGGCAAAGUAAUGAUUGAUGGGAAAGACAUAAGGAGGCUCAAACUUAAGUCGCUAAGGAAGCACAUAGGUCUCGUGCAACAGGAGCCAGCUCUGUUCGCCACAUCUAUCUACGAAAACAUACUUUACGGCAAAGAAGGAGCCACAGAAGGUGAAAUAAUCGAAGCAGCUAAGCUUGCAAACGCGCAUAGCUUCAUAAGUGCCCUUCCCGAGGGCUACUCAACGAAAGUCGGAGAACGUGGAGUCCAGCUUUCGGGAGGCCAGAAGCAAAGAGUAGCCAUUGCACGUGCCAUCUUGAAAAACCCUUCGAUCUUGCUUUUGGACGAGGCCACAAGUGCUCUUGAUGUGGAAUCCGAGCGUGUCGUGCAGCAAGCUCUUGACAGGUUGAUGAAGAAUAGGACAACAGUCAUGGUAGCCCACAGGCUAUCGACCAUUAAAAAUGCAGAUCAAAUAUCCGUUUUGCAAGAUGGGAAGAUUAUCGAGCAAGGGACUCAUUCUACUCUUAUAGAGAACAAAGAGGGCGCGUAUUAUAAGCUGAUUAAUCUACAGAGGCAACAUCAACACUGA